UAAAAGAAAGUUGACAAUUGGGCCGACCGAGUAAGCACCUUAUACUUCCGUUCGCACGAGCGAUUUAUAUUGCUUCCCUGCCCUUAACCCUACCGCACCAGAGCGGCAGAACCCCAAUCCCCCACUCGCCAUGUCGUCAACCGCUGCCGGCGGCAAGCCAUCGCGGUCCGCCUCCGCCCUUGCCGCCGACACGGCGACCGGAUCCCACCACUUCACGAUCGACCUCUACUCGCGCACCAAGGGCAUCCCCACAGGCGAGUCCCUCAAGUCCUGCCCUUUCACCGUGGGAGGCCACCGCUGGCUCGUCCUCUACUACCCCAAUGGCGACCAGGCGGAGAACGCCGGCUACAUAUCCCUCCGCCUCAUCCUCGCCGAAAAUACCUCCAGGACGGUGAGGGCGCAGCACCAGUUCCGCUUCGCCGGCGAGGCGGAGAAUCAGGCGCUGCCGUUGGAGGCGGAGCCGCUGAACAACUUCGCCGGCCUGGCGAGCUGGGGGAACUCCAAGUUCAUCCGAGGGGAGGCCCUGGAGAAAUCGAAGCAUCUCAGGGGGGACUCCUUCGCCGUCCGGUGCGACCUCAUCGUCGUCAGCGACUUCCGCGCGGUGGAGACGCCUGAGCCUGCCGCUCCGGCAUUCGUCACCGUGCCGCCGUCCGACCUGCACCUGCACCUGGGUAACCUUCUCCUCGCAGAGAAGGGCGCCGAUGUGGUGUUCGAGGCCGGAGGCGAGACCUUCGCCGCGCACCGCUGCCUGAUCGCGGCCCGGUCGCCGGUGUUCAGUGCGGAACUCUUUGGCGAGAUGAAGGAGAGCGUCGACACAUCGGCUGUCGUCAAAAUAGAUGACAUGGACGCGCAGGUGUUCAAGGCAUUGCUCUAUUUUGUGUACACCGACACCUUGCCGGAGAUGAAGAGGGAAGAAGCAGGGGAAGAAGCCAUGUCUCAGCAUCUGCUCGUCGCAGCCGACAGGUAUAAUCUGGACAGGCUAAAGCUGAUCUGCGAAGACAAACUUUGCAGGUGCAUCCAAGUGAGCACUGUGGCCACAAUCUUGGUGUUGGCUGAGCAACACCACUGCAGUGGACUGAAGAAGGCAUGCUUCGAUUUUCUCAGCUCUCAGGCGAAUCUGAAGGCGGCCAUGGCCAGUGACGGCUUUGAGCAUCUGAGCCAAAGCUGCCCUGCUAUCAUGAAGGAGUUGAUCUCUAUGCUCAGCGCCUUGGUUCCGUGAUGCUUACCUAGUGUUCUACGAAUGGUGGUUGGUGUUCCCAGGAUUUCUGUCAUCAAGUAGUUUUAGCAAUGGCAGUUCUUGUUCUCUAGACUUAGGCUAUUAGGUACUACCUCCGUUUUUAUUUACUCCGCAUAUUAGUUUUGGUCAAAGUCAAGCUUUACAAACUUUAACAAAGUUUAUAAACAAAAAUAUUAAUAUAUACAAUAACAAAUCAAUACCAUUAAAUCCGUUGUUGAAUGUACUUCCACAUCAUAUAGAUUUGUUAUGCUAAUUAUUUAUAUUCUUUUUUAUAAAUUUAGUCAAACUUUACAAAGUUUGACUUCAGUCAACUCUAAUAUGCGGAGUAAAUAAAAACGAAGGGAGUAUACUACAGCUAUUCUAGGGGUAAUCUGAAGGAGACUCGU